AUGGCUUUCCACCACCGCCCGACCUCCAGCUUCCAGCCUUGUGAGACGUUCUUCGUGGAGUGCGAUGACUACACUCUGCCGCGGUUGACCGCAAAGCAGCAAGCCGAGAAGGAGCACACCAAAUUGGUAGCUCGUGAACGGCAAUAUGCUAUUGCGGAUCAGCUGUCGAAGAUUGCCAGCGAUGAGCUCCGCGAAGAUGUCCUGUCCCACAUGCUGGAGAUGGAUGGUCAAACCCUUCCUGACGUCGAGUCCAUCGAUAUCCAGACUGAAAUCCAGUGGUUCAUGCGUCCCUACCUUCUUGACUUCUUGAUCGAGGCCCACACUGCCUUCCAACUCCUGCCGUCGACGCUUUUUUUGGCGAUCAACAUUUUGGACCGGUACUGCUCCAAGCGUGUGGUGUACAAGCGGCACUAUCAGUUAGUCGGUUGUGCGGCCAUGCUCAUCGCCGCCAAAUACAAUGACAAGAAGGAUCGGGUCCCCACCGUCAAGGAGUUGAAGUCGAUGUGCUGCUCUCUCUACGAUGACGAUAUGUUCAUCCAGAUGGAAUGGCAUGUGCUGCAGACGCUCGGCUGGACGAUUGGACACCCUACAGUGGACGCCUUCUUGCAGAUCGCUACUCUGGAUGAAGCGUACGAUCCCGAGGUGGAGCACAUGGCACUCUACGUGCUGGAGAUUGCCCUGUUCCAUCGGGACUUCGUGUCUAAACCCUCCUGCGAUCUCGCUCGGGCCGCGUUGGCACUGUCGCGGUGUAUACUCGGCCGGCCGCAGCCGCGCCACACUGACUGGGCUUCGCAGUAUGACUCGAUGACGUUGGUUGGCUUAUCCCAGCAGCUUCAUCAGCCGUCGACUGUGGUCGCUCGCAAGUACGCCUCGGCUCACUACUCGCGUGUGUCCAAGAUCCUCGAGCACUUCCUUACUCGCCAGGCAUCGAUGGUCAGCUAUUCUCGCUGCACGCCUCCGGUGGAGACCCCUGCCGAGUCCAAGCCCUACACCGGGGAGAUGGGCCUGGCGACUCCCCAGAAGUCCCAGCAGUUGACUGCCAUCCCUCACGGGUACCUCACUCCGCCCAUCACACCGGAGAAUGCGGCCUUUGUCCAUGCUCAUAUGGGCAAUCCCGACAUGGCCCGAGAAGUGCCCGUCCCGAACGCCUGCUCGCCAACACCGUCGCCGUCGUCUGAGAUGCAGUACAUGAGCACCGAUGCCUAUCAGCAGCAGGAGACCAUGUACAUGUCUCAAGCACAGAACCCAUAUCAGCACCAGCAACCGCUGCAGCAAUACGCUCCGCAUCCGCAAAUGGGAGUCCCCGCGACCUACGUGGGUGCUAUGUAA